AUGUCGACGCUGGACAGGCAGUCGAGCGGCACUUUUACGGAGCCGGAAGACGGAUUUGCUGACGAUGAUUUGCUUGCUCCUGACGACCUAAGCGUGGAUCUCACGACUAUUACCCCAUCACGUUCAUUUCUGGAGAGGCUGGACUAUGAGUCAGAAUUGGGAACGGUAGAUCCGUUCGAAGAGGAUUUCUCUGCGAUUGCUAGUCAUGAAAUCGUCGAAGUUAUUGCCGACGGUGAUAGUGUUGCAAGGCCGAUAAUUGUUAUCUAUGCGUAUCGUCUACCUCCCAGCAAGUCCAUAGACCACGAUCAGUUGCUACGAUAUAUCCAAUCUGUACUUAACAAGGUUGUUGAUUUGGAUUACACCAUAGUCUACUUUCACUACGGUUUAAGAAGCCACAAUAAACCUCCUAUAAAAUGGUUAUUCAAAGCCUAUAAGAUGUUAGAUCGAAGAUUUAAAAAGAAUUUAAAAGCGUUAUAUGUUGUACAUCCUACGAGGUUUAUACGUUUUAUUUGGGGACUGUUUCGUCCAUUCAUCUCUUCAAAAUUCGAGAACAAACUAAACGUCCCUCCUCCGGUUCGGUCUCAUGAUGAACAGUUGAGCGCUGCUAUGGGAACAAGUUCUAGUGAGAGCAUCUCCCAGUCUCCACCGACUCCUCCCAGACCAACUCAGCAAUUUGACGUCAGCCUAGAGUUCAUUUUGUCACAUAAUCCUGAUCAUGAUGUACCACCAAUUGUCACAUAUUUGAUUGACUUCCUCACGAAGCAUGCCUUAGAUAUGGAAGGGAUUUUUAGAAAAAGUGCGCAUGUCGGAAGCGUGCGAAGGUUGCAGGAACGCAUCAAUAUGGGGGAACAAAUAGAUUUCGAGAGUGAACCUGAAUACCACGAUAACCUGCACUUGGCAUGUACACAUGCGUCGGUACUUCUAAAGACAUUUCUUCGAUCGUUAGGCGAACCAGUAACAACUAACGCCUUAUAUCCACGCCUUGUUGCAUUGGCUGAGAUUCCUAAGAAAGAGAAAACGCCAGCUGUGAAAGGAUUUGUUGCACUACUUCCACGACCUAACUAUCUCCUACUUAAGACAAUUGUGCAUUUUCUGAAAAUGGUAGCCGCAAACCAUAAAAUCAAUCUGAUGACGGCCAAUAACCUAAGUGUUGUAUUUGGACCGAAUCUUACGUGGCCCACAGAUCAGCAGGUACCCAUCGCCCAGUUGAACAAUUUGAACAACUUCUGCUACAGACUUAUUGUCGACUACGAUCUCAUUUUCGUUUGA